GACACGAGGAGGAGGAGGAGGAGGUGGAGGAGGAGGAGGUGGUGGCGUCGGAGGAGGAGGAGGCGUCGAGCAAGCUGCCCCGCAGACAAGUCCUGCGAGCAGCACGAGCAGCUCGAGCCAGGUGAAUCAGGCGAGCCUGCAACAGGUGAGCCAGCAAGCUCACCAGCAAUCGGUACCGCCACCUACUACCACGACACCUCGAUCCUCUCAAAUGGGAAUCUCGACGGAGGAGGCGAGAAGCGAGGAAGAGAGCAACCACCCUAGAGCAGCGCCGACCAGCCCCGAAAGCGAGACCGAGGUCGACGACUUUGCACCGAAGAGGAAGCAACGCAGAUACAGGACCACCUUCACCAGCUUCCAGCUGGAGGAACUCGAGAAAGCUUUCUCGAGAACUCAUUAUCCCGACGUGUUCACCAGAGAGGAGCUAGCCAUGAAGAUCGGCCUCACGGAAGCACGGAUACAGGUCUGGUUUCAGAAUCGACGCGCAAAGUGGCGGAAACAGGAGAAGGUCGGGCCGCAGGCACAUCCAUACAAUCCGUACUUGGGAUCAGGUGCACCACCUCCAUCGGCGGUCGUCGCGCCGACCUUGCCGAACCCUUUCGCCCACCUGGGCACGUUUGCCCUGCGGAAACCCUUCGACGCGUUUCGUUACCCACCUCUGGGUCACGGACCGGUCCUUCCCGGUAGUUACACCGCUCAUCCCUAUCAUCGCGCGCCGCCACCUUUGCUACCACCUGGAAUGCCUCUGCCUUACACGUCGGCCGCGUCCUUUCAAAGUCUCCUGGCCAACAUAUCCGCGGCGCAGAGGCCGAAAUUGGUGCGCGGCUCGCCGCCACCUCCGCCUCCGCCUGCUCCGGCGCCCGCCAUCAGCCUGCCUCAUCCGCCGGUCCCGCCGCCUCCACCGACCGCCAGCUCACCGCAAGGAUCGCCCACAGGCAGCGUCGGCCUGCCAGACAUCGACAGACGAUCCAACAGCAUCGCCUCCCUCAGACUCAAGGCCAGGGAGUACGAGCUGCACCUCGAGAUGCUUCGCAAGAACGGCGAUCUGAUCAGCUGAAGAGGUUCGUGCACCGUGCAAACGCCUAGCUACGAUUGAAUUAACGGUGCCGAGACGUCCACGUCUGUGCAUCGAGUAGACCUGGCCACCCAUCGACCGCUCGCGACGUCCGCUGAACAACACGACCGGUCGAGCAGCAGCUAGUGCAAUUUAGCCGCAAGACCCCGGGGACCAGACUGGACCAGCGAUCCUCGCCUGCUGCCACCGAUCCAUACCAACAUCCAUACCGACCGUGUCGCUUUGGGACCGCGCUUUUCGUAUGUUUCGUACGAGAUACGAGCCAAAGAACUCGCUUCGAAGUGGCCGAGCACUUUGUACAUUCUACUUACUCCACUGCGUGUACCCGAGGGAAGGUUGAACGACGGUUAUCCUUCUUUCUGUGAUCACUUGUGCCUUCGUUACGUAAUAUAAUCUUAGGACCCGAGCGUGCUCCUCGAAUCGCAUGCCGGGGAUCACCAGUGUCCGGGAUGAUCGACGUGGACCCAGCGCGAGCUCAGGCCCACGCCUCAUCGCCCAGACGAUCGUCGGUGCUCAUGAGAUUCCAGGCACCACCUCGGCAGGCUUCAGACCCCGGCCUUCGCGCGGAACAUUCGUCACAGUACACUCGUGCACCGACGAUUCGCCCGGUCCGGCUCGCGUCCAAGAUCCCGAUUUCGAUGAUCCUUCGGAGGAUCUCUCGUCCGAGCUCUCCGCCGAUCGUCGUAAUCGUCUCGACGCCUGCCCGACUCGACGAAUCGCUCGAGCGACAGUCUUUUACAGCGUCGUUCGUCAAGAACGAUAUACCUGUCCACGUACAAACGAGUUUCUUCAACCUCCCUCUCAACGCCAUGCGCCAUGCCGGCUUCGAACGGUCGCGAAGAGACCUCUUCGUACUGUAUGUGAUUUACAGUAACGGCGAGACGACGUUUCGGAAUGUACACACGAAUAUACGCGCACACGCGUUCGCGCUCGCGCGAGCAUCGUCCGCGACGUCCCUCGAAUCCGCGGAGCGUCUCGCGCGAAAAUCCGCCAUGCUUCCCCGCCGGAUGCGGGUUUCCCUCGGUUCGCCAGGUUCCCCGGCGAAUGCGGAUCGCCUCUCAUUCACGAUGUUUCCCCGUGAAUAGCGGAUCCUCCUCGAUUCACCAGUACCUCGCCGUGAAAUCCUGAUCCGCGCGGGGAAGACGCGCGACGAUGAUCCUACGAGACUAGGAAUUUUCGCCGCGAGACACCCGAUCGAUUCCACGGACGAUCCGCGAAACGAUCUCGAUCGUGGUCGCUCACCGUGUCGGCGAAUCGGGAACGUCUGCUCGCGAUUAAGGUUUACUUUUAAGCAAAGCAUCAUCGAAAGAUGUCCGUCCAGAAAGAUUCUUCUGCAACAUUUGUAACCGUAAAAUCGUUGCUUCGAGAGAGAAUGAUGAGAGAGAAAGAGCGCAAAGAGAGAGAGAGAGAGAGAGAGAGAGAGAGAGAGAGAGGAUGAGAGCGACGAUGACGUGUACGAAAUGUGAGUUGAAAGAUUUUUAAAAUCGGGAAAAUUCGCGCGUUGUAAGAAAGUGCGGGAGAAAAUGAUGAGAGAAGAAGAGAGGAGAGAGAGAGAGAAAAGCGGCGAUGACGUGCACGAAAUGUGAGUCGAGAGAUUUUUGAAAUCCGAAAAAUUCGUGUGUCGCAGUAAAGAGCGAGAGAAAGCGAUGAGAGAAGAAGAGAGGAGAGAGAGAGAAAAGCGGCGAUGACGUGCACGAUAUUGAGUCGAGAGAUUUUUAAAAUCCGAAAAAUUCGCGCGUCGUAGGAAAUAGCGGGAGAAAGCGACGAAAGAAGCGACGAUGACGUGAACGAAAUGUGAGUUGAAAGAUUUUUAAAAUCAGGGAAAAUUCGCGCGUCGCGAGAUUAUUCGAGAUGGGUGUGAUCAUUGCGAGGACAGCGCGCCAUUUCUUCACUUUUUACGCGGAUCGUGCGCCUUUUUAGAUAAGUGGGAAGAGAAAAGUACUAUUUAUAUACGCGUUCUUUAAUUCUUGAAUGUUCAACGUUUAUUACGAUAAGUUUUACGACUGUAUUAAGCAUACCCUAGCGUGUAAGUUGAUUGUAAAUAUCCAACGACGCGUGCGUGACUUUGCGGAGAGACCUCGCGGUUGUAUUCGCGGAUCGCGGACCGCGCGACGAUAUCGCGGAUUUUUCCACGGAUCAUCGACAUCUCGGAGAAAACCACGUCGCGCCCGUACAGCUCGAUACCAUCGCUGAAGCGUCGACGAUCUCUAAGAGAGUUCAGCGUGAGGAACGAUCGAACUUGCGAAUAGCAACUACCGAUCUGCUCGAGGAUCUCGAACGGGGAGGGAGCAAGCAAAACAAAAAAAAAAAGAGAAAAAGAAAAAGUGAAAAAAAGGGGGAAAAAGAUAUAUACGAUAAAUAAGAGAAUGCAACGUCGUCGAACGAUUUCAUUUUCCACGAGUAAAACGAA